AUCGGAUAGCAGCCGGAACGGGAGACUAAAAAUUUAUAUGAGGCAAUAGAAUAUUCAGAUAAGUGGAUAAAACUUUUAAUUUCUGUAGAAACUUUGAAACUGAAGUAAUAUUUGGAGUCGGCGUUAUAAAGAUAAAUCUACGCCUGGCAAUAUGUUUCACCACGUAGUAUCAUAUAGACGGUCUCUUGUGUUGAUACUGUGUACGAUAUUGUUUUUGGAGACUCAAGCUGAUUCAGAUAUAUGCAAGAAAUGUACUUGCAAUUCACUUACAACGAGAAUAAAUUGUGCACAUCGCAAUUUACCAUCGAUUCCACAACCAAUUCCGACGAAUGUUGAAUAUUUAGAUCUGCGAGGGAACAAGAUUUCAACCAUCAAAGAAGGAGCAUUCACGGGGCUUUCGAAUUUAAAGACAUUAAAUCUGCGAGGGAACAACAUUGCAACCAUUAAAGAAGGAGCAUUCACGGGGCUUUCAAAUUUAAAAUACUUGUAAGUUCGUUCAGUUUCUUGAUACUAUUUU